AUGCGCUCUAAAUGUCUGCUAUUAUUUCUAAUUUGUUUAGUUGGAGUUACUAUUUUAUUUAUUACCGUCAGUAAUCAGCAUCCUGCGAUACAAAAUUUAGUUACCGAAACGCAUAAACAAUUAAAAAGCUUCCAGGAAAACCUGAAAGAUGUCGAAGAGAAACGUCUGGUAACAGAUUCAAAGUACCUCGCACUUUUGGGGUUAGACAAACAAACGUCUUCAGGCGCAACAAUAACACUACCAACAACUCAAAACAACAUCACAAUAGUAACCGUACUGCGGCCUGGAAAUGAACUCAAUUUCUACGGAUUUUUGAAAAAUGUUACGCAUUUUUUGCCAAAUAAUAAUAUUGUUAUUUACGCGUUAAGUUUAGGCGAAGAUACUUUACAAAAUCUUCGAGGUUAUUGCAACUCAACAAGAUGCAUAAUUUAUACUUUUGACUUGGAUCCGUUUCCUAAUCACAUUGAAGAUGAUAGAUUACAUGCCUAUCGGCCUCUAGUCAUACAGACAGCAUUAAAUACGCUAGGUAAUAUCUUGUAUAUGGAGUCAAAUGUACGGAUAAAUAAUACCGAUGUAGUUAAGUAUUUAUUACCAAAGUACGGAAUACUUACGUGGCCAACAAAACACGCUAUUAGUUCAUUAACGCACCCGAAGAUGUAUGAGUACUUUCAUAUGAAUGCUGAGAGAGCGCAAUCAGUAGGAUGCCGAUUUAAUAAGAAGCCUCAGUAUCGUUAUUCAGGUUGCCAUUCCUACGACGAAUCGGCAUUGAAUAUAGUUCUUGGUCGGUACUUUAACCUCGACGAGUCGCGUUACAUUAGUCAAGAACGCGAGUCUUGUUUUGUUGAAAUAAAACCAGACGAAAUAACGGAAGAAUAUUUAUCGAUAACCAGGCUGAACAAUACCACCGAAAUAAACCUUAAAAAUAUCCUCGUCGAACCUUAA